GUCAAAAAAAAUAUCCAACUUCAAUUUGGGUGGUCUAAAACUAUGGAAACUCCAAACCAACAACAUGAUGGUUUUAAGCUAGCAAACUUCUCACCAUCUAUAUAAUUAGCUUUUAAUCUGAAUCAUUCACCAACACUUUCAAAAAUGAAAACAAUCAUCUUAUUCUCAUUACUCACAUUGAUCAUAUUAGCAGCCAAAUCAGCUCCUGCUCCCGUGCUCGAUGCCCAUGGAAAAGUUCUCCGCGCAGGGGCCAAAUACCGCGUUAAGCCAGCAUAUUCAGACGGUUACAAUGGGGGACUCAUUCUGGCGCAUGUCGGAAACAAGCCUUGUCCACUUGUAGUUGGACAAGACUUAGGUCUGAACAAGGGCCUCUGGUUGACUUUCACUCCAGUCAACCCCAAGGAACGCGUGAUCCGUGUUUCCACAGAUGUUAACAUCAAGUUCUCAGGCUCCAACAGUUGUAAUGAGUCAAACAUAUGGCAGUUGAAAUAUAAUGAAGUUCUGAAAGAACGAGUUGUGAUGGUAGGAGGUGUUGAAGGAAACCCAGGGCCAGAAACAUUGUAUAGCUGGUUUAAGCUUGAGAACAGCACUUAUAGCGGUUAUAAGUUUGUUUUCUGCCCGACUGUCUGCAGCCACUGUGAGCUUACGUGCGGGGACCUUUUUCCGUUUUUAACCGAUGGUAGUAAUGGGCAACCCUUGGUACUAUAUAAUGCUACUUCUUGGCCUUUCUCUGUCAUCUUCUAUUAAAUAUGUAACGAGCCACCUUAAUUGCUGUUUAUCUAUGUGUCAAUAAAGUUAUUUUAUGGCUCUAAGUUCCAACACUUGCAUGC